AUGGCUAAUUGUGGUCCACCCUCCAUCAGUGACUUACAGAACCAGAUUCGGGCCCUUAGCGCCAACGUAAGUCAGACUGAGGCUAUCGCACUGAAGGUGCAGCGGGCUGUGGAGAUCAUUCGUGCGGCCCUUGGUAUCAACACCGGAGGGGCAUCGCCCUCCACGCCGCCCUCCACCGUGCUGCCCUCCACCGCGCAGCCCUCCGCUGCGCCGCCCUCCACCACGCCGCCCUCCUCCGCGCCGCCCUUCUCCAAUGUUACUGAGGCGGUCUAA